AUGGAAGGAAUGAAGCAUCGCGUCCUACCCUCCGCACGCCUACGCACAUCACGCGCCGCAUCCGCUCCGCACGCAUGCCAACCUCCGCCCGCGCCGAUCUCGCCCACUCUGAUCGGCGACCUCGCGCAGCGCCCACCUCCCUACCUCGCCCAGGCUUCCGCGACACCCCAUGGAGGUGCCCCAAGUCCAACGUCCGCUUUCCCCGACCGCCGCCGGCCUCGUCCUCCUCUCCCAACCGUUGUUGGCCCCUACCCCUUCUCAGAUCCCCGCUUCCCCUUCCCCUUCUCCUUCUUGACCGCUGCCAGCCCCCUUCCACGACGCUUCACCGACCCGAGCGACGACAGCCAAGUGCGUGGGCCUUUGCAUUCCUGGAGGCCGGCGCCUCCACGACAAACACGAGGAACCCUCAUCGGAUCCUGCGACACUCUGCUCGCCGAGCGACUCCCAUGGCCGAGGUUAAGGCAAGCAGUGCCAAGUGCCAAGUGCCAAGUGCCAACACGAUUAGUGGCGGAGGGUGAAGCUAUUUGUAGGGGCGACGAUUUCAGAAAGCAAGUGAAGAAAUCGGCAAGCAUAGACAGAGCGGAGACGUGGAGCCGCCGCAACACAAGUGCCAAGGAGGGACAUGUUCUGGUAAACAAUCUCAAAGCACUCGCCAUCUUUGGUGAGGAGGCAUGGAAGAUGUCAGGGCUGUUGGAAAAUUUUAGGUAUGGAGGAAUCUAAUUGGCCGCUAUGGAAAAUUUUUGGUGUGAAGGUAUACUGUAUAGCGGUGAUGAAGAGGCAAGAUGAGCAUAUGGAAUAAUGUGGUCAUCGAGAAUCACACAGUUUGAGGCUACCACACUUCAGUCUUCGAAGAAUCAAAGGUAUUUUGUAUAUUAAAAUUUUGUCAUGCUUUUUAAUUCUCAACACAUUCUGGUGAACAGUCUCAAGGCACUCGUGCACUUUGGUGAGGGCUGGAAGAUGUUAGGGCCUUUGGAAAGUUCCAGGUAUGGCAAAAUCUGAUUGGCCUGUCUAGGAGCUAAAUUUCUACCAUAUUGUGGAGGUGAUUUGGGUGUAAUAGUACUAUAUCGAUUAUGAACAUCAAGAUGAGUGCCCGGCAUAAUACGUUCCUGGUGAUCAAGAAGCUCAUCGAGGUUAACUUCCUUCCAGCACAAGUUUGAUUUCUCAUAGUUUGAGGCUUUUGGACUGCGGACUCUGAUGAAUCGAUGGCAUCUUGUUUAUUAGAAUUCUAUCAUGCUUUUUAAUUCCCCACACCUUCUUGUUUUAGAAUUGGGGGUCUUAUCUCUAUAGGAAAACUGUUCUAGCUUUAAAACUGUGAUGUAUGGAGAGGGAACAAUCAAAUUUGAUUGAAGUCUUUGCAAAAUAUAAAAGCUUUGGAACUUGGAA